AUGUCUCAAAAGUUCUCAAACCGUAAACCUCCGUAUAAACAUCAAAAUAUUCCAAGCGAAGAAGAAUCUGGCAAUAGUCUUGACCAAGAUGGAGGAGAAGACAUUGUUCAAAUUUUUACUGCAUUUAAUAAUCGUAUGGAAAAAAAGGUAAAAGAUAAGCAACGAAAACUUACCUCAGAGUGUGACACAAUGAUUCAACAAAUAUCCGAAUUUGCCCAUGAGCUUGUAUCAAGGCAAAAACAAGAAAUUGAUGCCAAAAUCAAUGAGUAUAAACUUAAGUAUGAAGAAUUGGCUGAAGAGAAACUCACUAUCGUCAAAAAGUUAAGAUCUGAGGAGGCAAAAUAUUUGCAACUACAUGAUUCGAUUAUCUGUGAACUUGAUAAGAUUGAAAUUGCUCAAAUGAAUGCAAAUCAGGCGUUUGAGAAAAAAUACUUGUCGUUUGUUGAAG